UCUUCUUCUAGGCCAUGAAAUUUGUAAUUUUAGGGUUUUAAUUGAAAGAAAAAUCUUCGAUUUGAAUUGAGAAAAUGGGAAAUUUUCUUAAUUGAAGUUCGUUACGAUUGACACGUGAAUGAAAUUCAUUGUAAUUGGAACUUGGAAGGGUUAAAAUCUAAAUCAACUGUUUCAAAAGAAAAGUAGAAUAUAGAUAUAAAGUUUUGUCAUUUUUGAUAAAGUUUUUUUAUUCCCAAGUUUAGCUUCAACCAAACCCAAUAACAAUUGGUGACGAGCUAAGAAUGACAAAUGAAAUUUUUACAUUUCUCUCUCUCCCUCUUGUGCCGCCGUAAGCAUGCGUUGGAUUCAACUAAAGGCUGGUGGAUGAUAGGAAUCAAAGGCUAUGAUUGAAAAACAGAAUUAAUGGGUAUUCCAAUUCUUCUUCAAAUUUGAAGAAUUGUCUUCUUCUUUGGGCUUCUCUCAUCCACAUUUGCCUCUUCUUCAUCAUGUGAAGCCCAGAUUCACUCCCGUUAAUCUGGGUUUUUCCCCUUUUAAGAUCCCCUUUCUCGCCCACCUUCUUUUUGUGGCUCCAAUUUUUAACAUGAUUCAUUUUCUCUUCUUUACUUGCAGUUUCCCCUUCACCAUCCAUAACCCAUCAUCAAUCACCCUCUAACUUUUAGCAUUCACUUGUCUCCACACUUUUUACAUUGAAUCUGUACGAUGGGAGACGUGGCGAAGGACCUCACUGCCGGGACUGUCGGAGGAGCAGCACAGUUGAUAUGUGGACACCCGUUCGAUACUAUAAAGGUGAAGCUGCAAAGCCAGCCUGUUCCACUUCCCGGCCAGCUUCCUAAGUUCUCUGGUGCCAUGGAUGCUGUGAAGCAAACUCUAGCAGCUGAAGGCCCUCGUGGGCUGUACAAGGGUAUGGGAGCUCCACUGGCAACUGUCGCAGCCUUCAAUGCCGUUCUCUUUUCAGUAAGAGGACAAAUGGAAGCAUUGUUAAGGUCUCAACCUGGUGUACCCCUAACUGUCAAUCAGCAGGUGAUUUGUGGAGCUGGGGCUGGAGUUGCUGUGUCCUUUCUCGCUUGCCCUACUGAAUUAAUCAAGUGCAGAUUGCAAGCUCAAAGUGCAUUGGCACAAUCGGGUUCAGCUGGCUUAACAGUGAAGUAUGGAGGGCCAAUGGAUGUUGCCCGGCACGUUCUCAAAUCAGAAGGCGGUGCAAGGGGUCUCUUCAAGGGAUUGGCUCCUACUCUAGCCCGUGAAGUACCCGGAAAUGCUGCAAUGUUUGGUGUGUAUGAGUUGCUAAAGCAGCGGUUUGCAGGCGGUCCGGACACUUCAAACCUCGGAAGAGGCUCACUGAUCGUGGCUGGAGGAUUGGCUGGAGGUACCUUUUGGUUCUCCGUCUACCCAACCGAUGUUGUCAAGAGUGUACUUCAAGUAGAUGAUUACAAAAACCCAAAGUACUCGGGUUCCAUUGAUGCGUUUAGAAAGAUCCUAGCAUCCGAAGGAGUUAAAGGACUAUACAAAGGUUUUGGUCCUGCCAUGGCCCGGAGUGUACCAGCAAAUGCAGCUUGUUUUCUGGCUUACGAGAUCACCAGAUCAAGCUUGGGAUGAUUAUGAAUUUAAUCCCCUCUUGAGUUGUAUCUUCCUUCCACUAUUUGAUUGAACAUUAACAUUCUUCAUUUUAUUCAUAGAAGGCUUUGAUUAUUUCUUUUUCAAUGAUAGGAGAAAAUCUCUCUUUCCUUAA